CAGCAGGACAAUUCUGGCCGGAGGAGGUUUGAUGCAUUAUUUACUCAUCAACAGAGUAACACGAUCUCUGUUUCAUCAACCAGUCAGCGCAGACAGGUGAAGGAGGAGGGGAAAAAAAAACAGGAGCGAAGUGGUAUGACCCUGAAUUAAUUCUAUUUGCAUUAGUGAUGAUGUCUCUGUACACACCCACAGAGUACCCAACAGGUGAUGUGCUGUGAGGCUGCAACUGCUGCUGCUGGACACAUUUCACAGAAAAGGCUGUGUGCUGAAACGAAAACAGAAAGCCGGCGGAUGUGAAUGAUAUGACGGCGCUGCAUGUCAGGAGUCUGCCCAGAUAGGGUGCGGCUCUCUGCAGGUGAGCCGGCAAAGGAAACCCUGCUGGGUCUGAGGAUAAACAACCCCUAAGGACAUAACUGGAGACAAGACAACAAUGAACUGGGGAUUUCUGGAGAACAUUCUCAGUGGGGUGAACAAGUACUCCACUGUCAUUGGCCGGAUCUGGCUCUCUGUGGUCUUCCUGUUCAGGAUCCUGGUGUAUGUGGCAGCAGCCGAGCAGGUCUGGAAAGAUGAACAGAAGGAUUUUAUGUGCAACACAGAGCAGCCCGGAUGCGAGAAUACCUGCUUCGACCACUUCUUCCCCAUCUCCCAGAUUCGUCUCUGGGCUCUGCAGCUCAUCAUGGUGUCUACACCAUCCCUGCUGGUGGCCCUCCAUGUGGCCUAUAGGGAGCGCCGGGAGGCCAAGCACAAGAAAAAGCUCUACGAAGACAAAAGGAGCAUUGACGGGGGUCUUUUCUGCACUUACACCAUCAGCCUGAUCUUUAAGAUAGGCUUUGAAGUGGGCUCCCUGCUGGCUUUUUACUUCCUGUACAAUGGCUUUGGGAUGCCCAUCCUGCUGCAGUGCACCAUGGAGCCCUGCCCCAACACUGUGGACUGCUACAUAGGCCGAGCCACAGAGAAGAAGGUCUUUCUCUACAUCAUGGGCUGCACCUCCAUGCUGUGCAUAGCACUCAACUUUCUGGAGCUCUUCUACAUCAUUUGGAAGUUGCUGUGGAAACACUUCACCAAGCGGUACGUUCCCGUGGAGAAAAGUACUUUAAGGAGGAGCCAGCUUCAUGUUUCCCGUGAAAGCAAGUUCACAUCUGCUGAGCAUUUUGAAAACACAAAGGUCUGCACAACAGAGAACGCAGCUGUCACGGUUGAAAAACCUGCCAGUCCAGUUAUGCAGGGCUGAGGGCGACCGGGAGCUCCUGGUACUAAAGAGAAACCAACGAGUCUCUUUUCAGCCUAAGUAAUUAAAGACCUGUGCGGGUUAUUUUUAUACCACAGCAUGUUUGGAUCAAACAACUUUUUUCCAUUCAGAGGACCAAAUGGAAAUGUGUUACACAAUUUGUUAUCUGCCACUGCUACAGAUCAUCUCUUUCGCUCUUUCUGUAUAUUUUCAGAGUAAAACAAUCUACAGUUAUAUGUUGUCACCGCAGAUACAGCCAAAGCCCAAAUUAGUGAAUAAAUAUUUAAAGACUUUACAUUUCUAAACCACCAGCCUAGUGGGAAAUAUUUUUAAACAUCAGGAAACAUUUCGGCUGCCUCACAUUUGUUAAGAAAUGUCUAUUUUUCACUUAAGUUGCUAGGUUUUCAUUUAUUGUCAUUGACGGCUGAGUUGUAGUACAAGACCUGAACGAACUUGGUUAUUAUUAUAGGAAACUGAAAAUUGCUGAAAAUGCAACAAGUUAUUUAUUCUCCACAGGUCCAUUUAAAUAAAUUACAAUUUCAUUGAAAAGUAAUUUCUUUUCAGCAAGUAAAUUCAAAUAAAUCUUAUGUAUAGAUUUUUUUAUACACAGUGAAAUUUUUAAGGGCUUAUUUCUGUUUAUUCUGGUGAUUACAGCAUCCAGCAAAUGAAAAAAAAUGUAUUUAGUUCCCCAGAUAGAAUAAUAGAAUAUUACAAAAUAUCAUCAACAAAGUUUUUUAUUCUAGACACGCUAUUAAAGCUUGUGUUAUAGCAGCAUCAUGGAGAAGACUGUGGACUUCACAGUUUGCCAGCAGAAAGUCACUGAUAUAUUAAAAUGUCUCAUUUUGCAAAUCUUUUAUAUCUUCAUCCCCAUAUAAGAGUUAACGCUCUGAAGAUUUUCUAGUUUAAUGUUAUGUAGCACAAUUACGAGCAUCUUUUGAAUUUAAAAUUGAUGUGAAAGGUUCAUAUUUCAAAGAGUCCUUAGUCAAAGUGAGGAACUCCAGAUAUACCAUAGAAGACUACUUCAAGUGUAAAAUGAAGCGAGUAAUAUGUGUGGUAAAAUGUGCCCAUUUCCUGACACUUUACUUUUUCUAGAGAAGUUCUAGAUGAUUUUGUGUGAAAUUGGCUUCAUGGUUCUUGGAUUUCGUCAAGAUUCCCAUCUCCAACACUGAUGUCUUCUGUCUUAUGUUUAUGUCUUGCUUCAAAAUUAUGAUCCGUUUUUACAGUUGGGUCCAACUUGGAAGCAGCACCUUAUACAAAGACUAUGAAGCUGCACUUUUGGCCAAUUGACUCCCAUACACCAUGUCUGAUUGUGAUGGCUCAUAAGGCUUUUGUACGUUUGUUGUUGCAAUGUAAUGCAAUGUUCAGAUGGGCCGUAUAGAGGAGAACUGCCUUUUUAUUUAAUUCCAGUUUUCUUUUAGUCAAGACUUUGUUAGAUGGGUUAUUUGUAGUUUUGUAAAUGUUGAUUUCUUGGAGUUAGGUGGUUGUUUUGUUUAUGUUGGCCUGCACUCUCCGUGAAGCAAAGCUAAUCUGUUUCAACGAAAGAUUUUGGCAGAAAAUAAACUUCUUA